AUGGGUGAUACGAAUGGACAAGUGGUAGCUGGUGGCAAUGACAAAGGGAAACGAUUGGAUCAAUUGGAUCAACCAACCAAUGUGUUGAUUGACAAAGAGACUGAUAGUCUCAUUAUCUGUGAUUCAUGGAAUCGACGAGUUGUACGAUGGUCUCGUCGCAGUGGCACAACUCAAGGUGAAAUCCUCAUCGACAACAUCGAUCCCUUGGGAUUGGCCAUGGAUGAUCAGAGAUAUCUCUACAUCUCUGACUACGAGGAACAUGAAGUAAGACGAUAUCAAAUAGGAGACAAGAAUGGAACUCUCGUAGCUGGUGGCAAUGGUAGAGGUGCUGGUCUCAAUCAACUCAACUGGCCGAGAUACCUCUUUGUCGAUCAACAACAGACUGUCUACGUGUCAGACUACUGGAAUCAUCGUGUAAUGAAAUGGAAUAAAGGUGCAGAAGAAGGAAUUGUCGUCGCUGGAGGUCAAGGCGAAGGGAAUGCUCUGACACAAUUGUCGCAUCCUAAUGGACUGUUCGUCGAUACGUUGGGUACCAUCUAUGUGGCAGAUUCGGUGAAUUAUCGAGUGAUGCGUUGGCCUAAAGGAGCGAAGCAAGGCACUGUCAUUGUGGGUGGAAAAGGUUACGGAGAAGGAGCAAAUCAGUUCAAAUAUCUCCGUGGUUUGUCCUUCGAUCGACAAGGCAAUCUCUAUGUCGCCGAUGAGGAUAAUAAUCGUGUUCAACGCUUUUCUAUCGAAUGA